AAAACAUGACAUGUCUACUUUUGUUUGUGUUUGUAUAGAUUGUAAUUUACAUAAAGCGUUCUGUCUUUUUUGAAUAUUCGCUUUAAAUUCUAAUGCUGAAUUUGAGUCAAAGAAAUCAAUAUAUUGUAUCGAAUUUAAAUCAUGCCACUGCAUGGAAAUCGCUCAUAACUUAAUAACCAGUCAAAUCUUACACUUCGAACAAUACAUGUAUCGGUUUAAUAUAGCAAUGAUUUUACUUGAGAAUUAAAUAUUAAAAGUAGAGCAGUGAAUUGAAAAUUUUGUUUGAACCAAAUAUUAUUAGACGGAAUAAAGCUAUUUCUAAUAAAUGAAGCGCUGCAGAAUUUAAAUUUUGAAUGUAUGCAGUGUUUAUUGUUCGUGUUUUGUUUUAAAGUCUGUUUCAUCAUAAGUAUAUGUUUUCUUUUACAUGCAUUUAAAAUUAAAAUUCUGAAUGUAAAUAGUAUGUGUCUGGGAAAAAAGUAAUUUUACGUUUGAGAUAUUUAUAUUAUUGUAUAAUUUCAUGUGAAUAAAAAUGUAGGUAAUUUAAAUUUAUGGCAUGAUACAAAAAUUCUGUUUAAAAGUGAGAUUUUUUUUAAUGAAAAUUAAUUAAUUCAUAGAAUUCAGAAUCUCAUGUAAAUUUUACAUAUUUGCUUUCGAGGUUUAGAUGAUGAGUAUCUUACUUUCAUACAACGUAAAAUAUAUCCAUACAUGUCGAUUUCAUCAUUUACUGACUUUCUCAGCAUGUAAUGCUUCAAUAUACAGCAAUGUAAAGGUAAAAUUCCCUGCCAACAAGCAAUAUUUGAAACAUAAAAUCCAAAAGCGUAAAUUUUCAUGGACUGGAUUUUAUGUGGCUAUUUCAGAAUCAGCUCCAGUGAUAUCACUGCAGAAUGCUUUAAUUGACCUCCAUAAUUUCUUUGCUGUUCCAUGGUGGAUGGUUAUAAUGCUGACUACAUUAACAAUAAGAUCUGUUUUUAUAUUUCCUUUGGCUGUACAUCAGAACCAAGUCAUAGCAAGACUUGCUAAUUUAAAUAUAGAAUUAGGAAAACUUGCUCCUGAAUUAAAUAAAGAAGUUAAUAUAGCUAAAAAGUUAUAUAAUUGGGAUGAAGUUACAGCCAGAAAAGUUUUCAAGAGAAAUAUGCAAAAUUAUUACCAUAAAUUUAUUAUUCGUGAUAACUGCCAUCCUUUUAAGACAGUUCUCUUAGCUUUGUUUCAAGUUCCUGUGUGGAUUUGUUUCUCAUUUGCUUUGAGAAAUUUAACCUACUUGCCAUCUGCAUUAAAUCCAGAAAUUAAAUAUGUGAGGUUACAACUAGAAACGGAAGGUAUUCUGUGGUUUACAAAUUUAACAAUGCCUGACCAUUUUGUGAUCCCUCUUCUUCUUUGUUUUGUUAAUCUAACUUUAAUAGAGAUACAUGCACUACGUCGGAUUGGGAAAAGAAGUCUUCUGCAAGGAGUUUUAUUGAAUACAUCAAGAGUGGUCACACUGGCUGUUGCUGUGGCUGCAGCUGCGAAUCCAUCUAUAAGCCCAGGAUCGGCACCAGAGCUGAUGUGGCUGGAUCAGAGGAUAGGAUUUAGGGAAAGCAAAAUUUUUAGAAUUUGGAAUAUGGCAUUUGACAGAAGAAUAUGGGAACCUGCUGAUUUCUAGUGUCUGCACUCUCACAAAAUUUCUAGUGUCAAUCCUGGAUAAGCCCUAAGUAUAUGUGGGGUGGGAAUUUAUUUAUUUAAGACUCGUAUAAGCCUUAAAAUAGAUUAAGUAUAAUAAAUAACUAAACUAAAAUAAUUUGAGUUUAACUUCGUCAACAUGUAAUAGAAGCAAGACAAAAUUUAACAGACAACAUGGCUUUAGUCACCAAACUCAUGAUACAUCACAAAGAGUGUAUAGCAGAUGCUAGCUUUAUGAUGAUAGCCAUGAAUUUGAGGUCUUUUAGAUAUCGCAAACAAUCAGUAAAACAUUCUGAUUAAUGGAAUUUGUGAAGAAAUAUGUGAUAAUAAAUGAAGAUGAUAAACCAGAAGCUUUUUACUUCAAUGACAUUUCCCCAGUCCUCAGUCAAUUAAUGGACUGCGAAAUCCGUAAUAUGGUUCUGAAUCCAGAAAAUAUUGCAACUGAUUGUGAAGAAAGUGAAAAAGAGGUUGUUGAAAAUGAAAAAAAUUUGAUUGACAAUUUAGUGGGAAUUUUCAACUUGACAAUUACAGGACUUGAACUGUGGAAUUUUGUAACUGAACAAGAAGUUAUGUCUAUCUGUAGAAUUAAAGAGAAAGUAUUAGACCAAGAAAUGAAGCAGUUUAAAUAACUUACAUCAUAAGAAAUGUUUAAUAAAACAAAUAAAUAAUGUUCUUUUUUGUUGAAAAUAUCGAUUAAGAUCAUAAAUGCUUCAUUAUUUCAUAAGCCACUAUUUCAUAUUUUUAAUUUUAUAAUUUGUACAGGCCAUCUUCUGAUGAUUUAAUAUCUAGAAAAAUCCCAAAUCUGGAAUCAUCAAAGUCGCAACAAGUCCUGAUCUCAGACUUUGUACUUUACUUGCAGAUUAGUAAAUUUAGAAAUACAAACUUAGAUCCAAAAUGCAUCAGAAUGCAUUUUGGUGCUAAUAUUUUGAUAUGCUUGAGAAUAAAAGUUUUAUGAAUAUGUUUAUAGUAAUUACAAAUACCAAAAAUCUGCCAACCUGAAAUCCACGUUGCCUCUCAAAAUAUAAACAUUCAGUUUAUGGGUUUCGGAAACUGCAACAUGGAGUAUCAAAUAUCAAAGAAAAAAUACUUACCAGAUAAUGACAUCAUAAUUAUUGAAUAAUAAUGAGUCAUAAUGGAAAUACCAAAUAUUGACAUCAUGAUAAAAGUGUUUUCCCCUCCGAUCUACAUUGAGCUAAAAAGGCAGACGAUUCACUCAACUCUUCUUUCAAGUUCAUGAUUCACGUUGUUGUUCUUUCUGAGCUUUGUUAUUUCACGAGAUUGUUUAGUGCUGCUUUUUUUUUUUAAUCCAGAUAUUUUGUGGAUGAAUUAAGAAUAUUUUAAAUUUCAGUGCUUUUUAAUACAUUGACAGAUAAGAAAUGCAUGAAUAAUGAAUUUACUGCUUACAACGUUGAAAAAUGUAAACACGGUAAUGCAAAAAGUGGAAAUUCUGCAAAAGAUGGAGGCAGGUGCUAUUCCUUGGUUUAUAGCAGAAUUGUAUGAAUUGGGACAUGGACUGUAUUUGAUAUACGGAAAAAUAAAGAAAAGCUGUUGAAAUUUUACAGCAACAGUGAUUCUAAUACCGGAAUCGGAAACCGGAAAUCUUUACAUGAGGCAAAAUUGGCAAACCUCAAUGCUGUCUCAUACGAGUGGUUCCCUCAGCGGCAGAGUGAUGGGGUACAAAUUUUAGGACUGCUUCUCAGAGAAAAAGGGAAGCAGAUUCAUGCUGAUUUAAAAAUAGAGAAGCCUAAUGUAAAUGAAUAAUAUAAUCAAUUUAUAUAUGUAAUAUCAUACUUUUAUUUGGUCAAAAAUAAAAAUUAAAUUGCAGUUAGGGGCAGAUUAUCUCAUAUUUAUUUAAAUGCUGUGUGGUUGUUUUUUAGCAUUCUUUGACUCAAAUGUCAUUGAAAAUAAAGCCAAUGCAACAUUCUUUUACUUAAAAAGUGGAGGGGAAUCUGUCACAAUAAACAUAAAAGUAAGAUGGAUGUACAGUAGCACCUCAGUAUGCAUCUGCUUUAGAAUAAAUCUAACUUGUUCAUCCUGUUGGAUAUGAAUUUUUUUUUUUUUUUUUUUUUUUUUUUUUUUUUUUUGUUAUAUGACAUUUAUUUGGAAAAUGACUCUCAUCUGAUGAUUCACGAUUACACGCAGUACCCUUGUUUACCUCUUUCAAGAGAAUUCUACAACCAGUUUUCACAAAAACAUGAUAGCAAGUGACGACAACCUCUCAUGCCAAAACUUUGCAAAAUAAAUGGAUAUAAAAAAUGUAUCAGAGUAGUGUAGUACCAUCCCAACAAAGCUCAGAUAAGCCUUAACAACAUUUUUGGAAUGACCAAACAGUGCCAUAUUUCUGAAUCAUCCUUAGGAGAAGACAGAAGCAAAGUUCUUUGGUCAGAGUUUUAGUAAAAGUCAGAUCUGAUGACCUUCAACCAUGCCCAAAAAGGCCCUGGUAGAAGAAAAGAGACACAGAGAGAUAAAUAAAUUUGUCAGUCAGUUUCUAUUGGCUGUGCUCCAGCACAUUUGGAUUAGGACAAAGCAUUCUCCUAAUGUCUCCCAAAGUUCGUAGGAUUUUAAGAAUACCUAGUACUCUAAGUGAUAGUAGUACACCAUUCAGUGAUAUUGUA